AUGAGUGUCUGUAUCUUUGAGGACAGUCGGGUCAACAAGGUCGUUAAGAGUUCGCCAGACGAUGGGUGUACCAAACGAGAUAAACUUCUUUGCCGCAACAUGCAUAGUUUGCAUGGGACUCAACCUCGUGAUUGGGAUCAUCGUAAUCCUCUGGAGCCCAUGUCGUGUCGGGAUACAAGGGUAUGGUAUGGUAUGCGCGUGCUCUCGGCCAAUGUCGUUAAUCUUGAAGUCCGCGGAGGCGAAGACGAAGAACUUCCCGUCUUGGCAAAAACAUUUCCAAAAAAGCAUCCCGAAGCCCUUCAACUUGUGCCAAGGGAGAGCACCGCUUCCAUUACUCGCGACAGGUAA